AUGCGCAAUAAGAGAGGAUUGGCUGGAACGUGCAAGGAUGAACACGUAAGAGCGGGUGGGACCGCUCUUACGUGUGAAAAUGAAAAAGCAGGAAAUGAGCCGGUGGGCAGAGGAUGGCAAAAAACUGUAUAUGGGCUUGCAGCCUUUAGAGCAUUUCUGAAAUCAGAGUUUAGUGAUGAAAAUAUAGAAUUCUGGUUGGCCUGUGAGGAUCUCAAGAAGACCAAAACAUCAAGUCAAAUCGCCUUAAAAGCAAAUCAAAUAUAUUGUGAGUUUAUCCAGACCGAGGCUCCAAGACAGGUGAAUAUAGACCACAAAACAAGAGAAACCAUCUCACAAAACAUUCAAAACCAACAGCUCUUGUUUGAAGAUGCUCAAAAACUUAUCUUAUGUCUAAUGGCCAAAGACUCCUUCCCUCGUUUUCUUCGGUCAGAAAACUACAAGGAAUUGGUGAAGAAGUAUCAGAAUAAUGGCCAAACUACUAACCACAAAAAAUGGCUGCCCUUCUCAUAUUAG